AAAAGUAAAAACUUUAAUUAAAAGUCUUUUUGAAAGACUUACAUGGGACAGGAGUAUGAUUACAAAUUUAGUUUUAAUCACUUCAAGUCUACUUUAUAGCAGUUCCUCAUUGAAAACCACAAUCGCUUCUCAAAAGGAUAACAAGUGUUUGCAAAGCGAUGGAACAAGACAAUGUUGCUCAAGUUUUUAUGAGGAGGAUGACACAUGUCAUGAAUGUAUAGGAUCAUACGGUGUUAACUGCUCACACCCUUGUAAGCCAGGAUUUUUUGGACCAAAAUGCGCCUUUAAAUGCAAGUGUUUGAACAACACGUGUGACAGAAUACACGGUUGUUUUGAAGAUGUGACAGAAGGUCCAGUUAAAGAUUUGGACUUCUUCGGGCACCUAAAAUUUCACUGGAUGGUUUUCCUUGUAAUUUUUAUAUUUACAUUUAUUCUGCUCGUAUGUGGCAUUGUGACCUUAAAAGGUAGAAGUAUAAAAAGAAGACAAAAAAGACAACUAACUCAAAGUAAUAACUACACAAUGACCAUUUUUCGUGACCAAGCAAGUGGUUAUUCAGAGAUGGAGGUCACACCACAUGCUUCCACUGAAUACCUAAACGCCUCUUUCCAGAAACAGCCGAUUGAUGAUAUAACAAGUUAUUUUUCUACUGCAGAAUAUCUUAGAAUGGAUGUCACACCGCACGCUUCUACUGAAUACCUGAACGCAUCUUUCCAGACACAGCCGAUUGAUAAUGUAUCAGGUUAUGUUUCCACUGGAGAAUAUAUUAGGAUGGAUGUCACAUCGCAGACUUCCACUGAAUAUCUGAACGCUUCUUUUCAACCAAACACAAUUGAUAAUGUUUCUGAAUACAUCUGAAAAGAGGAACAAUAGAUUUGUAGUAUACUUUUGAAAAGGUUUAACAAACUGGAAUGUCUUUGGUUUGUUUCAAAAUUGUAACUUGUAAAUGGCAAAAUCGAAAUGUUUGUUUUUAGUUAAAGCUCCUUUCGUUCUUACACGUUUUCUUUGUCAAUUUCUCAUAGAUUUAAUUGAAAUAAUUGAUUGUUUUUUAUAUAAAAUGUUAAAGCAUUUAAAAAAAAGAAUUUAACACUAAGGACACUUAAACAUGUAAUUUCUUGUUUUAUUAUUAUAACUGAUCAUUGCGUUGCAUGAUUAAAAAUAACAACUUUUGCUCUUAUCAUUUAAAAAUAAUUUAUAACUUUUUCUCUAUAUCUUUGAUUAGAUUUCAUACUGAAGUGAUUUCAUAUUCGAUAUUAUGUGCAUGAUUUUGUUCUCAAAUAAACUUUAUAAGUAAAUAUUCCCAUAAUGUAUGUAUUUUGCAAUAACAUUAAAAUGAAUCAUAUCUAUGAAGCAGAGUAAGAUUUGUUGUUAUUUAUAUUUUACUCAGCAAAAAUUACUUAUAUUUUCAAUGACCGUUAAAGGAAAGUGUAUUUUGUUACAUAUUGUAUAUUGAAGGUACUUAAGAUGGUUUAAUACCGUACGUUUUGUUUUCUUUUUAAAAAGAGUUUAAUCAUUUAAAAUAUUAUUAAUUUUUUUUUUUGCAGGAGAGGAAAUAUAUCAUUUGAAUUAUUCUAAUGAAUAUAGAGAAAUGGCACCUUUGUUUAAUAAUUCAAUUUUGUUUGGAUGUCAAGAAAUGAUACAUGUACAUAUAUUUCACAACACAUAAGUGUCGAUCUCUAACUUUAAGUCACAAUACAUGUAUAAGCACAUGUCACAGUAUAACUGUCUAAAUAUAAACAAUUUAAAGAAUAUUGUAUAAAAUCAUCAAUUCUAAAACUGAAUCAUUAAAAAAAUUGUUCAU